AUGCCGUUGACGCGUGUGGCGCAGAGUGGGGUUGUCCCGGGUGCUAACGGGGUUUUCCUUACUCGAGCAGUGAAAAAAUUCGCUCCAAUUGAGGUAGCGCCGCUGCCUGGCGCGAUCGCGCCGCCGUACAUGGAGAAUCUUGUCCGUGCACCACGCCACACCGUGUCGCUACGUCGCUUUCUCGCCCUACGGCAUCGUUUCAGCACUGGCCAGUACUUCAACGUUCCCACGGCGGCCGGGUGGUAUCUAAUUGCACCAAGUAGCCACGCUCCCCUUCCGGAUGCUUCAGGGCUGCUGGCAUGGCAUGAGCGUCACCACCAUCGGUAUAUGCAGGACAAAAUAAUAAGAAGAAAGAAACCGCGACAAAGCCCAUCAGCAACAAUAACUGAGGCACGUGGUAGUGAAGGUGGUUCGUCUAGUGCCAUGCCGCAGCGACAAGAAGAAGAAGAGGAGGAGGAAGGGAAGGAGGUUAGCAAAGAACAAAUUGAAGAAUGUCAUGCAGAACCUUGUAGUUCUUCCCUGUGCAACUCCAGAUUGACUAGUGGUAUGCCACUGCCAGUUGUAACGCCUCUCACAAUCCCAGAAGACCACUUGUUCGAGAUCAACGACGGUGUCCUGUGGGAAACUCCACCGCGAGACGAUCUCGCCAGCCCUACGUAUUGGCAGAGGCACAGAGAGCGCAUGCAGGUAUACGAAGACACUAGUGUUGGUAUAGAGCAGGAGGAUUUGUUCGUAUUGCCGCGCCCCACGGAUGAAGCCAUGCAGAAUACAGCCGGGGCAACGGAGUGGGAUCGAUACACACAGCAGCAGCGGCUUUUCCAGUCCCUAACACGCAAGGCCAAUGUAAAGCUGAGCGUCGACGAUGCCACGCGUCUCCUGACACUGGUUCCUAUUGUGGACCUAAAGGAGGGCGAGGAGCUGCUGCUUCACUAUGGCCGCGAGUGGUGGUCUGAGCGGCUGCUCUCUACUGUUUUUAUGGCAGUGGCGGACGGUGAGAUGCGGGGCGUUCGCUGGAUUGAGGCACUCUUCACGAAGCCCACAGAUGUUGCCAAGCCAUUCCCGCUGCUUUGCUCCGCUGUGGCGCGACGAAAGGUGCCAAGUGUUGGGAAGGGCGUGAUACAAGGAGGGAAUACAACCCGUUGUGACAGCAGCGAGUCCACAUCGGGUGGGAAGAUUCUUGUCUUGUACAACAUGGUGACGCGGUGCAAGGCGACGGACACGGAGGCACUUGUGUUUUCUGUGCGGAGGAGCUGUGUCGAUCGGGAUUUUUUCUCCCGUUUGGUUGGUGCUCGUGGCACGUGUGUGUUUGACGUGUCACGAUGUGAUGAUGAGGUACCACUCCGCCAUCUGCGGCGCGCACUGUUGCAGUCGCUGCACCCAAAGCGGGAUGCGGCGGACGUUGGCGUGGUGGCAGAGGACGAGGAGAGCGACGGAUCUCUCAUGCUCUAA